AAUGAACUAACUCAGCCAGAGAAGGACAUCCCCCUUGUCUAUAAGUUUAUGUUCUAGAAAAAAUGGACUAUGCUGUGAAGCUAUGCAAUAGGCCUGACAGAAGUCAGGAGCAGUGGAUAGGGGAAUGUGGGCUGUCAGAGAGCCCUCUAGGUUGGAGAUAUGGAACACUAUGGAAAGCAGAGCGCCAGAGGGUGAAGUGUAUGUUUGUGGCUGCAUCGAUGAGGCCAGGGGGUCCCAGCGGAAUCUAGGCUGGAAUAGGGUGGAAAACACUUCACACAACAAAGACCAGGUUGCUAGGAGCCCCCAGUCUUCUAAUGUCCCUUCUCCUUUCUGAGGCUCCCUCCACAGACACUUUCACCCCAGCACCUUUCCAUAGCUAUGUCUAAGAAUCUGUUUGGACAGGGGAAGAAACCUCUCGAUACAUUUUUCUGGGUAAACGAGAUAACAGGAGAAAUCACCUACCCCCCACUGGAGGCAGAUAUACCUAAAGCUCCUCCAGCUUCUCUGGAGAAUUCUCAAGAGAGGCCCAAAUCUCAGCAUGGAAGUGUGCAGGGGGCUCUUCUUAGUGCCCAGGGCCCGUCCAGCACACCGCUACAGAAGGCUGCCCUUCCACCUCCUCCUAAGGCUUUACUGAAAGACACUGGAUCAAGGUACUACAUCCCAAUAACACCUCCCCAUGGCCUGGUUAAGGCUGGAGUAAGGAGUGCCCAGCCAUUCUCAGCAAUUCCUGUCACCAUCUCACCACCAGGAGGUCCUCUGCCAACAUGUGGCCCCCUUGGAUCAGUCCCUCUGCCCCCAGCUUCUUCCUUUCCUCCUAGCCCUUCGGCCCCCUGGGCCUUCACCUGCAAGCUGAAAAAUGUCCUUACUGGGAAUAACCGAUUUUCCUUUUGAACCUGAAAGUAUUUGCGUGACCACAGCUUCCUGAGUGGCCUGCCAGCUGUACACCUUCAUCCUCACGUCAAUGCUUCUGCCCUGCCUGGAAGUGCACAGAACUCUGAGGAGUUCUUAGAAGAACACACCAAGUGCUUUCAAGCUCCAUAUAAAUUAAACUUAGAUUCUGACACAUAAUGUUUUCUAGACCUUCUUUUACCUUCCAAGCCACCUUGGUAUUUUUCUCCUAAGUUUUUAGAGUUCAAGAAUUUGUGGUUCUGAUGUUGGUAGCAGAGCAGUAUGUUUGAUUCCCAGCCAGAGCCAGAAGAAUA